UUCCUAGGGCAGCAUUUUGUGAUUUUGAGUGUUUCAAUUUGCAGAGAUGACAGCCAUGAAGUUCCAGGCACACCAAACUCUCUUCUUUCUAUUCUCUGUUGUAUUUAUACAUGUUGCUGCAGAACUCUUUGCACCUGAUGUCCACACAAAGCUUGGGAGCCUGAGAGGUGAGUAUGUGAGUGUAAAGGGGAAAGACAUUGGUGUCCAUGCCUACCUGGGUGUCCCAUUUGCUAAGCCGCCUGUAGGCCCUGCUCUGAGACUGGCUGCACCUCAACCUGUAGAGGGAUGGGAAGGAGUGAGAGACGCCACCCAGCAGCCGCCCAUGUGUAUUCAAAAUAAGCAGGUUCUCCUAGAUAUGCUGGCAGUUGUCCCAGAUAUUUCAGAAGAUUGUCUUUACCUCAACAUUUACACUCCUGCAACCAGAGCUCAUGAUGCCAAACUCCCAGUUAUGGUUUGGAUCCAUGGUGGUGGAUUUGGUUUUGGUUCAGCUUCAGUGUAUGAUGGCUCAGCCUUGGCUGCUUACCAGGACGUGGUUGUAGUUCUAAUCCAGUACCGCUUGGGACUUUUGGGCUUUCUCAGCACAGGAGAUGAGCACAUAUCAGGGAACUUUGGUCUGCUGGACCAGGUACAAGCAUUGAGGUGGAUCCAGGAGCACAUUCACAACUUUGGAGGAGACCCAACUUCAGUCACUGUAUUUGGGGAGUCUGCAGGUGGAGUGAGCGUGUCCCUCCUGCUUCUCUCACCAUUGUCUGAUGGCCUGCUCCACCAAGCCAUUGCAGAGAGUGGCACUGCUGCAAUGGAUGUGAUCAUGAUAAAUGAUCCUCUACCAACAACGCAGUUCGUGGCAAAUGCAUCUGGAUGUAGCAUCGAAAGCACACAGAAGAUCGCCGAUUGUAUGAGAAACCUUGACAUUGAUACUAUUGUGACCAUUGGGCAAGAUGUAAAACUACGAUUUAGUGUAACUGUUGAUGGACACUUUCUGACAAGACCCGUGGCUGAGCUGUUCCAAAAACAUGAACUUCUUACUGUACCGUUCAUGACUGGUAUUAACAAUGAUGAAGGGGGCUGGUUUUUAUCCAAUGCCUUUGCUCCUUCAAACUGGACAGAGGGAAUGGAUCGGGAGCAGGUUGUGAACAUACUGUCCCUCUUCUUCCCUGAUCCCAAAGAUGCAGUCAUCAGAGAUCUGAUGGUAGAUGAAUAUACUGGAACUGGUGAAGAUCGUGUGAAAAAUAGAGAUGGCUAUACUGAGAUGAUUGGAGACAUCAUGUUCACCAUUCCCGCCAUUAAGACUGCAAAUGUUCACAGAGAUGCAGGCGCCCCCGUGUACCUGUAUGAGUACCAGCAUCCUCCCAAAUUCUUGCAGGCAAAAAGGCCAAGCUUUGUUGGGAGUGACCAUGCAGAUGAAAUCUAUACAGUAUUCGGAUUCUGUUUCACUACCACUCAUGUCAAAUUAGCAGAUGCAUGCCCAGAAGAGGAGGAAGAGUUGAGCAGAACCGUGAUGAGCUACUGGGGCAACUUUGCUCGCACAGGGUCUCCUAAUGGGCACGGCCUUGUCCACUGGCCAAAGUAUGGAGUAGAUGAAGAAUACCUGGCAAUUGAUGUAAAGGAGCAGGUAGUUGGUCAGCACCUGAAGAGGGAUCGCUUUAUCUUCAUGACUCAGACCCUCCCAGAGAAGAUCCAACAGCAUGAAGAGAAGAUGGAUCACAACGAGCUGUAGAGCAUUCACCUCUCAUCUUUCUCUGUUCCAUCAACAUUUUUUUCAUUCCUUUUCAUUAGUAAUCUGGAUAGCUUAAGCCUCAUAUAAGCUUCAGGUGGACCUUUGAGUACAUUUUUCCAGGAAAGAGGACUGGAUUUUGACUGUCAUCACUCACAUUGAAAGCACAUUAGGAAGGGAUCCUCUAUUGAUCCGUAUGAGCAGGAGGAAUGACUACAACAAGUCAAAACUCUUCUUCAUCUGACUAUUGUUUUAAGAUUACUUAAGAACUAAAACAUUGUUAACCUGUCCCCUACUGUAAAACUCCAGGAUAGAUCAUUUUGCACUCUCCCCAAUAUACAAACUGCAAAUUACACAGAGACAUAGCUUGACAAGUGCUCAGGUUUAAACAAGCUGGUAGAUUUGCAUACCAGUCACAGCUUUUCACAUUCACAACAAUGCAGUAGGUUUACUUUAAGACAUGGAAUAACCUCAACAAUAAACCAAGGUGUAUCAGUAGAGAACACAGAUACCCAGGGCAAAGUACAAUGAAACGAUACGUCCACAUGAGCACUACAGUAUGUCUGCAUGAUCGUCACCCUUGUCCUGUAUUUAACUGCGAUUCUAAUACAGGUACCAUAUGAUGCCACCAGAUGGCAGUCAUGUAUAGCUAAUAACUCACACUCAGUUCAAUUGUUAACCAGAUGCUUUGGAAAAUAAAUACAUCUCAAUAUCCUUUGUAACCUGUUUAACAGUUUUCCAAAAAAAUGGGUCAUCUGCCACAUGAAAUACAAUUAUUUGUCAAAGACACUCAAUAUAUGAAUGUGAAUUGUUGGUAACAAUUCAGAGUAUUUCUGCUGCAACUAAGAAGAGUGAUUUUGAAAUUGGGCCGCCUUGUUUUAUAUCUCUAUCAAUUGUAAAACAAGGGGAAGGACGACCUUACAACAAUAUUGAGACACUGGUGAAAACAAUUGAUUACAUUCCUGAAAUUCCUGAAGUUUUAUUGGCUAUUCUCGUUGGGUCAGAGUAUUCAUUGUCACUGAUGAUCAGUGUUCCCAUAUUAUUAUUUUCUUGGCAGAUUUCUCUAAUCUGCAAAAAAAACAAGACUGAGUAGAUUGUUGUUAAUUAAAGGAUAUGGACAAGUUUCCUCUUUUAAAUUUCAAGAAUACCCUAUAUAGAUAUAAGAAAAAAGGCUGGAAU